UUAGGCAAACGGAAGAGACAAAAAAAAAAAAAAAAAGAAAAAAAAAAGGGGAGAAAAAAAAAAAAGAAAUAAAGUCCUCUCCAAUGAAUGGAGGGUGAGAGGGCCGAUUCACCGGUGGGGCCCCGCCGGGGAGGUAUUUGUUAUGUGAGGCGCAGGCGGCUUCCCCGCAUCCAUGACUCCCCGGAUAAGGUGCACCAUCCACUUUCGGCGCGCUCGCAGCCGGCCCCGGGCCCGGGCUCUGGGCCGGUUCAUCCUCCGCCGCAUUUUCGGAGCGCUGGGGCGGCGUUGGCCGCCACGCCUCGCCCUGUUGCUGGUCCUGCGGCGGAGGCGCCGCAGGAGCCCCCGGCCCAGGUGAUGAUGCUGGGCAGCCCGCGGGUGGCCGAGCUGCUGCUGCAGCGCGGAGCCGACCCCAACCGCCCCGACCCGAGCACCGGCUGCCUCCCGGCGCACGACGCGGCCCGCGCCGGCUUUCUGGAGACGCUGGCGGCGCUGCACCGGGCCGGGGCGCGCCUCGACCAGCCCGACGGCCGCGGCCGCCUCCCGCUCGACGUGGCGGCGGGGGGCCCGCACGGAGCGGUGGGACGAUACCUGCGCCACCCGCCGCCCCUCCCGGGAGCCGGGAGGGCCGCCGAGGGGGCUGCGCGCUGACCCGCCCUCGGCCGCCCCCGCCGGCACCCUGUCCCCUCGAAGCCUGCGCCCAUCUCCGCCGCGAGCAUCCCAGCCGUCGAGUCACCCAGAGAGCGAUCGCGGUUGGCGGCGCUACCGGUGUCCGACUGCUGGGAAGACCCUUCCUCUGUCCCGCUGCCCAGGGUUCCUCCCGCACGCCCCGGGCACCCCGUGUCCUGCUUCUGCGAGAAGACACGUGCUGCUCAAUUUCCUGAGAAAAAAAGGAAAGAACUGAAACACUGCCAAGGCUAGCGCUCCUGCUCUGCCUCUCAGGCUCCCCGACGGGCAGAGCACAAGCAGCAAACCCUUCUCCUGUGCCUCGGGGGAGUGAGGGGGCGGUGGAAAAAUCCGUCGUUUCCCCUCUCCAUUUUUUUUAUUACGAUGAAGCUGCUUGGAGAAGUGAGAAUGCUAUGUUUCCCUUACCGGCUUGCUCACCGCCCUGCAAGGCUUUGCAUUGUAGAGAUACCUUGAGGUUCUUUUAUGUUGUAGUGCUUUGAAAUAGUGAACACUUCAGCCAUCUCGUUUACAAAUGUUCUCAAUCUAUAAAUCUUUUCCCCUCAUCAGCGCACUUAACUUAGAAUUUUAAUAUUAGUAUAUAACAUUGAUUGAAUGUUAAAAUAUUUAACACUGAUAGACAUCACAAUUUGAGAACUACUACAAAUAUUUUGUAUAGUUGCAUUUGAGGAAGCCAUCCAUGUGAAAAAACAAUUAGUGAUCGCUUUGUUACUGUGUGUUUUUGCAUUUGGAGGUACCCCAUUCAUUCAGAAGAUUUGGGCAACGAGCUCCUUAAUUUUAAGACAGCUUUCUGGGUCUCUAAAUUAGAUAUUUGGAAAAAACAACAAAUGACCGAGUUUGAUUAAAAAUCUGGAUCUUUUCACACUUUUCGUUUUCUGUUUUUCCUACGGAAUUUCCAUUGCCUACCCAAUGUUUGUACCACUUGCGUUCAACAAAAUACCUGUUAUUAUUCAAUAUCAAAACAUGAGAUUGGCUUAAAAAACUUCACUCAUAAUGUUCAGCUAUUAAAUGGUUCUGCGUGCAGCACUAUUCAGUGUUGGGCGGUGUUUUUUA